AAAAAUAAUUGUUAUAGAGAUGUAUCUUCUCGCCACUACUGUCUAUAAUCUAUUACAAUAUUGUGACAAUUCAAAAACUCAGCAACUCUGUUUAAACAGCUGUUCGAUGGUAUGCAAAAACAUUUGGAAUGUGUGCGAUCACUCAGCUCCACGGUAAAAAGUUGCACCAAGAAAUGGCCCCAACUGCCAGUAUCUUACUUGGGGAAAGUGGAGCAGUCGUGUUAAGUUAGCGGUGCAGCAACUACUUAAAAUAAAUAAUUAAGCAAAGUGUUAACAAAUAAUAUAUUUUUCUACUUGAAAAUGUUUGUUGAAACAUGCAUUGCACCUGUAAACAUUGCACUAAUCAAAUAUUGGGGAAAACGACAUGAAGAACUCAUAUUACCCAUCAACGACUCGCUCAGUGUGACCCUUAACACCGACGAGAUGUGCGCUAAAACAACAGCAGCUGCUUCAGCUUCCUUUAAAGAUAACGUAAUGUGGUUGAAUGGCGAAAAGGUGCCAUUUGAGCAGAACGCACGGUUAAUGCGUUGUGUGAAGGAAUUACAACAACUUGCUACUGCUAAAGGAAAACUAAAGUUCCCCAUAGAGUGGAAGCUACACAUAGCAUCGCGUAAUAAUUUUCCUACUGCUGCGGGCUUGGCGUCAAGCGCAGCUGGUUACGCUUGUCUUGUAUAUACACUUGCACAACUGUAUGGCGUGGAAAAAGAAGAAUUAACAACAAUUGCUCGCCAAGGAAGUGGUUCUGCAUGUCGCAGCUUACACGGCGGUUUUGUACGCUGGCACAUGGGUACACGUAAUGAUGGUAGCGAUUCAAUAGGCUCUCCCGUUGUAUCGGCAGAGCAUUGGCAGGACUUUCAUAUCAUCAUAUUGGUGGUAAACGAUUCACGUAAGAAAACAAGCUCGACCAGCGGUAUGAAACGUGCUGUAGAAACAUCAGAUUUGUUAACACAUCGUGCCCAACAUUGCGUACCACAGCGUAUAGCGGCAGUGAUCGAUGCAAUAAAAAACCAUGACUUCCCUAAAUUGGCAGAAAUUACUAUGCGCGAUUCGAAUCAAUUUCAUGCUAUUGCCUUAGACACAUUUCCACCCUGUGCAUACAUGAAUGAUGUGUCACAUGCAAUUGUGGACUUUGUUCACGCUUUUAAUAAAGAAGCUGGAGAAAUUAAGUUGGCUUAUACUUUUGAUGCCGGACCAAAUGCUUGCCUAUUUCUUUUAGAAAAAGAUGUAAGUGCUGCAUUGGCGGCAAUACAAAACAGUUUUCCGAAUGAUGCGGGAGACAGUGUAGAAUAUGUUAAGGGCAUACCGAUAAGGUGUGAGCCCAAAGAGAUCGACGCCUUCUACAAUAAUGGUACGUUACCUAAAAAUGAUAAGAAUCUUUUUAAAUAUAUAAUUCAUACAAGGAUUGGUACAGGACCACAACGUCUUGAUGAAAGCAAAAGCCUUUUGAAUAUUAGUAACGGCUUACCACUUGAAAAUUAAGAGUAAAAACGCCUUUGGGAUAUAUUUAUUUAAGUCAUAAGCAGAAAAAUGUAAACAUUGUGAUCGCAGAGGCACAGUUCAAUAAAUAUUUUCUAUACAAACAUCAAUAAAUAAUAAACGAAACUAAACUUUUUGUCUUAUAUCAUAUAUGAAAUUACAAAAAGUGUGUACUUUGGAACAGUUUAAUCAUUAAUAAAAGUAAUUCUCUUAAAUGACUUUUUUUUAUAUUCAUCGAAAUUAAAUAGAAUAAUAAACUGAGAAAUGUAUAUAGCGUUUCGACAACCCUAUUACCCCAUCAGCUUUCUUAUCACCCCAUUCGUUUUCACCGUUUUUGUUUUCGUUUGCUAAUCGUACUCCAAUUACGUUCGUCAGCUGAUUGAGAGUCCCCAGAUCAAAAGCUAAUUAACGCAAGUAUCGACCAAAGAGAUUUAUAGUUUUUAGUAUUUUAUUCAAUUAUGUAAAUUUUUUUAAACAUUUUUUAGUGAAUGAAAUUUAUUUAGAUAGGUUAUUA